AUGUCAAAAAGCCUGCAAGCUUAUUUUUCAUUUUUAAUCACCAUCGCCUUGGCAUCCGGGAUAACCGCCAUACAGUUACCGUAUGAGGUUUUUGACUCCAUAAUAGAACUCAGUGACAUUGAUGACUACAGAAAUCUUAAUCAAGUUAAUGUGUCCGAUGACCUUGGACCCACUCGUCCAAUCUAUAGACUGGACCUUAACCCAGAUUACGUAGCGUAUUACGAAAUUGACAUCGGAAGUGACUACGUGGUAUUCUCCUCUGGGCGUGAAACCGGAGAUUUUCGAGAAGUAGAGAGUGGCCCAGACCCAAGACCAACCAACCUACUCAUUCAACAGGCUCAAGAGAACGGUCAGCAGUGUGAGAAGUUUUACCGCCUGUCACCAUUGGGACUGACAAUAUGUAAGAAUGACAAUGGGACUGUUGUGGCUGCGAGUUACAACUGGACAGCGGAUGUUGCCGAGGUAGGAUUAUCACAUUACAAAACUGUCAUAUUCCUCGACUCUUAUUCAAAUAAACAGGGACUGCCAUUGGCUGAGGUUUGGGCACAUGAUUUUGACUAA